AUGAGUAUGCCUCGGCGCGGUUUCCCCUUCGAGGCCCUCCUUGACCACGACGCCCUUCUUGUUGCAGCCCUGCAGGGCGCCACCUCGCUCAGCCCGCUGGCCACGCUGCAGAGCGCCGUGCCCAUCCGGCCGCUGCAGAACAUCGAGUCCCAGCUGCCGGUGCGGCCCUUCCAGAGCCUGCAGGGCCGGCCCGGCAUCGCCUGGCUGCAGAACUCCCGGCCCGUCAACGCCAUCCAGAGCGCCGCGCUCACCAUCGCCGUGGACGAGAGCGGGCCCCGGGACCAGCUACUGGACGCCCUGGCGGAGAACGCAGCGCCCCCUGCGACGUCGCGGCGCCGCCGCCGCUCCCUGGACUCCGACGUGCUGGCCGACGACAUGCUGAGCGACGCGGCGGAGGAGAUGGCCUCGGCGCCAGCGGAGAAGGUGUCGAGCCGCCAGGAGAAGGCGCUGCAGUACCUCAACAUGGACGGCUACCUGGCCGUGAACCCCAUGGUGCAGCAGGGCGAGUUCUCGCCGCUGGACCUGGACGAGGCCGGGCUGACGCUGGCCGACGAGGAGGGCAACGAGCUGCUGUCGCGCGCCGCGCCGUUCCGGCACCGCAACCAGCCCGACUCGCCCAUCUACUACAUCCGCCUGCCGCCCUCGCCCUACGUCCUGGUGCCCGGCGUCGGCUACGUCAGCUCGCCCAACCGCCGGCCGCUGGGCGGCAUGGCGAGCAUGGCCGCCGCCGCGCCGCCGCCGCCCCCGCAGUCCGCCGGGGGCAGCCCGUUCUACAACCUGCCGCUGGCCUUCAUGAGCAACGGCAAGCCCACCGGGGUGUACCAGCCGUCGUGGGGCCCCAGCGCGCAGCCCAUGGCGCAGCCGCAGCGACCCGUCCGGCCCGCGCGGCCCCCGCAGCAGCAGGCCGCCAUGUUCUCGCUCAACAAGGGCCCCUACGUGUUCAACGGCAGGCCCAGCGACAUCUUCAUCCUCAGGGACUCCUACGACACGCUGUACGGCGACGCGCUCAGCAGCUUCUACCCGUGAGGCGUCUGCCCGAGGCCCGUCGGCCGGACCAUCGGGUUUACGGCGCGGCGCAUUCAGAUCCGGGCGUCGAUAGCGGCGCCCCUCACCGGAAUAAUGUUGUUUCGCCGGUCCUUUCGACGCGGCCGGCUCAAAAUGAAACGAUAACUGUGCCGUGAAUUCCAGAUGCAGAUUAGCGAUGGUUUCAAAUUUUAGAGAUGUUGAUAGGAGGAGAGAGAGAAGCACCUCCGGCUGUAACGUGAUUUUUGUUGUUGUUGUUUUUUUGUCGAGACUGCGGGAGGCCUGACCGGCGACGCGAAGGGCAUCGCGUUGGUCCGCUUCCUCCUUGUUCGCCGGAAUUACAGGGUGGGCUGGCUGCAGCCUGGCUGCCUGCCUGCCUGCCUGGCUGAGGCUUGAGGAGGUCCCGUCGACACUCGACAGGUUAUUUUCAAUUACACUCGCUUGUUGAUGUCGCGUUGCGCUGGCGUUGGCGCGGAAUUAAAUGAAGGCCUGUCCUGUGCCCCCCUCCCCCCUCCUCUGCCGCUGCGCGUGACAAAGCAAUGAGGGCCCAAGGGGCUGGGCUGGCCAGUCGACACCUGUUGUGGACCCGCAGGAGGCCGUGGAGGUGGCCAUGGAGGAGGCCGAGGAGGCUCGGUGCGUCCGCCCUGCAGCAACUGCAGCCGUACUUGUCACAGUGUAGCCGACUCGCAGUAAAUUUCCAUAGGCGCGGCGAGGCCUGCCACCACGUCAAAGUUGAGCACUUAGUGCAAAAGCGUAAAAAAAAAAGUUUUGGAGCAAAGGAAAAUUUGACUUAAUUUCUUAUACGACCGUGUGUUGUUGACAUUUUCAAGAGACUCACAUUCCAUAGUAGCAUGAGACAAAAAAAAAUAUAGCGGUAAAUAUGGGUGGGGUGAAAGAAAAUACAGGUCUUGUGGGCUGCAGACACAAGCGAAAAUAAAAAGACGUCUCACAAAGCAAUGUGCUUCGCUCACUUCGCUUCCUCAAUGCGGGUGUCGCGGAAGAUGGCUCGGAUUAGCGAGGGACGGACUGCAGUGGGGCUUAGCCCAGUCGCUGCAGCGCGUUGUGCGAGUAAGUCGUUUGUUGUGAUGCCCUUCAUUUUUUUUAGGAUUCGUCCUGACGGCUAAUAUCAUUGUUAUUAUUAUGUUUUCGUUCUCGUGAGAAAGAAGCGUGAAUGUGUGUUUGAGUGCAUGAGAGUUGCGUGUGUUGUUAUUUAUUUUAAGAGUGACAUUGUGAACAAAUGAUUUUAUUCAGACUGCAACCUUAACCACUGAUUUGUUUUUCACUCAGCAUGUUGCUGUUAUUUAUUAUUUAAGACGCCUUGUCAAUUCAUAUUUCUCACUAUUUAUUUCUAUUUAUUUAGGAAUUUAAUUGUAUUUCAUGUUUA